AAUCAGCUGUCCCGCUCGCGCUGUCGUACGAUCCUCUCGCGUGUUCUGCACCCGGCGGAGCUUGUUUUCAUCGCUCAGCCUUUCCAGUCCGACACCGACGCGCUCGCGAUCCGUCCCGGAUGCGGGCGAGGAGCGGUUCCGCCGGAGCGACGCCAGCGCCGCGCCGCGCCGCGCGUCGUCGUGGUGGUUUCGCAUUUUUUUUACGCAGCGGUCCCUCCUCUGCGUCCUCUGAAUCAAAACGUGGACGCACGCAGAUGAAGAUCGCUCUCGGAUGGGAAUGUGUUUGAGGCAUCUGGACCAGCCCUGGAGGCCAGCAUGCGCGGAUCGGAGGUCGUUUUUUAUAACGCUCGAGAAUCAGAUUUGGUAGAUUUGGAAUUUUUUUGCAUCUGACGCGCAUCAAAAGACUCAGCCAUGGCUGACGAGAGCAGGCUGUCUCAGCAGAUUGGGAGUGUGGAGAGAAGCGUGGUGUUCCUCCGGCAGGAGCACCUCACUUUACUCCACGGCCUCCACCUGGAGAUCCUCUCCCUGCAGAAACGGUGCUCAGAGUUGACCAGUGAUCUGAAGGUGAAGCCUCCAGGCAGAAGCCAAAUAGAGUUACAGGAGGAAGAGGAGCUCCUGGAGGACCGCUGUUGGGACGCGGAGGGCCGUCUGGCCGAGCAGGAGUGCUCCAUCGGGGAGCUCCGCGUGGAGCUGACCCACAAAGGGGCUUUGGUCGGAGCCCUCCGAGCCAAUCUCAAGGAGAAGGAGCGCCACUUCCUGGAGGAGCUCAAGCGCCGCAGCCACUGUUCCACCAUCCUUAACACGGAGCUGCAGAAACAAACGGAGGCCGCGGCGUACCUCUCCUUCCAGCUGCACGCUGCCAGGCAGAAGCUGCACCACCAGCGGAUGCAACAGAGGCAGGGGCUCCUCUCCCGGGGCCACAGCCAGGGAGGGGCUCAUUACGGUGCCGAGCAGAACUCCGUUCCUUCCCAGCCGCCGUCGGGAGGCGCCCCUUCCUCUCCCGCGGUCAAACCCAAGCGCAAGGGCGCCCGGGCGUCCUCCAGGGCGGAGCGGGCCCGCGAGUGCGUCCCCUUGGAGAAGGUGACGGGCCCCGCGGAGCCCACGGCCAUGCCGGACCCCGCUCUCUUCCUCCACCCUCGAAGGCACAGGGCCCGCUCCCGGCACACUGCGGCACAGAGACAGCCGCCGCCGGGCCCGGAGAAAGGCGAUGAGGAGGAGGAGGAGGAGGGAGAGAGAGAAGGUGGAGAGGGGCCGGUGCAGCCUCUGGGUGCCCGGGCCAGACUGAUGUCAGCAGGGGCCACUGCUGCUGAGACGAAGGCAGAGUAGCGACCACUGUGAGCUGCACUUUUAACGACGAUCGUCGUUCUCUUCUGUUGUCUGCUGCACCUUUACUGAAUUGAUGGCAGAGACUGGUUUUAACUAUUGAGUUAUACUUAUACUUAGUCACUUUUUUUAUCAAGGACUUUGAUAUAACCUUAAAUUACUAUGAGAACUUUAAGCCAAUCUUAAAUGAAGGUACAUGUUGUUGUUACACAUGCUCGAUAUGUUGCCGGGCCUCUAUUUCAAAGAAAGCCUUCCGUCCGAACCUGCUAAACAUGAAAAAGCGUCCUGAGAUAACGUCUGUUAUCGUUUGCCGCUGUAUAAAUUCAAUUGAAAUGGGAAAUUGAGAUAUGACUGUGAAUGGCGGCAGCCUUUUUAAGAGCCGAUAUGUCGUGUAACCCAAUCACCUGCGAGCUUUCAAGGCCAACCAUAAACCAACCACGUGACCAAACGUUUCGCUGGCUGAGAAACAGCUGAAAAUGGAGUGGAGUCCUCCACGUUCCUGUGACUUGUUACAAUUACAAUUUGAAUACAAACCCUAACUAACCAGAAACAAUAAGUUCCAGUAAUGUAAUGGUUUGUUGGCAUUUUAUUCUGUGACUACUCCUUUAAAGGACAUUCUCAUAUGUAAUUGGCAAGGAGGAGGACUUUUUAAAACAUUUGAUAAAGACGAAGGCGUGGUGCCAAUUUCCGUGUUUUUUUUAUUUUUUUACUUUAACCUCAACUGGUUAUCUGGUUAAUGUAAAGCCAUAGGGCAAUGCUUCAUGCGACUAGUUUUGCAGGUAACCCUUUAACACAAAUAUAGGAGCAAUAUUUGUUGAAUUUGUCCCUCUAUUCUUUCAAAUCACAUUGCAGUUGCAUCCAAGUAAUUGCAAUCGGAAAUAUUUUUUCAGAAUAAGGCAGCCCCAUCUCUUAUGUUUGCCGUAAGGUUUUAUUGAUUAUUUGAUACAUUUUUAGAAAUCUAAGAAGAGAAUGGACACCAUCAUAGCCUAGGUGUGUUUCCAUGUCAGCAAAAAGUGACUGAGAACAUGACUGCUGUUUUUUGUGUGUUUUCAACUCUUUGCAUUUUUCUUCCUUUUCCAUUUUACACAAAUUCCAUCGUCACAUGAAAAGGCGGUGACUGUGGACUGUAAACGAUGAGACCGUGCGCGCGCGCGUGUGUGUGUGUGUGUCGUGUGUUGUUUCCUGUUAUCACAACACAUGCCCACAGUGGCCCCUAGCGUUAAAAAAGAGCCAAUAGCAACUUAAAAAAAGAUGAAAUUAAGUAGAUUUUAAUGUAGGACAUCUUUUUAAAGUUAUUACUUCAUUACUGUACGCAAUUGUAAUAACUGCCUUAUAAUAGAGGAGCUGUGUAUGUAAGAAAUGCUGUGUGUACACAAACAACAGGGCAAAGACAAAUACUGAAGUAUUGUGUGCUUUUGUUUUAGAAUCACUUUUAUAAGACUCUCUAGGAUUUGAUUUCAAAGGUUUACUGUAUACGCCGUGGCACCUCAGUUAUUUUCGAUUCAAAGUUGUGUCACAGUUGAUUUAUACUUGAGCCAUGACUGAGCUUCAGUGUCUUUGAAACGAGCCUUCCUGUAAGACUGGACUUCAUUGUGAUAAGUCGCUGUGAGGUUUUUAUUGCCGCUACUCAUCAGAAGUUUAGCAUUAUAUUUUAACAGUAUAUCCUCAAUAAAGCAAUAUAGCAAUAUAUUUAUAUAAUAAUAAUAGGUCACAUUAGCCGGUUUAUGAAGUGUUUAACUUUGGAUUUUCAAACUGUUGAGCUCUGUAUGUUUUGCUUAGUAUUUUUCUGAAUUGUUUUUGUUGAUUGUCACAAAAUCUUAACAUGAUUAAUCAUUAUGUUGUAGUUUAAAGAAGGCAAAUCCAAGUGAGGAAUCAAUGCUGCACACAAAGGAGCACUGAGGAAAGGGGCGUAUUGUUAUGCCACAUGAGACUGAGAGUUAAAAUGAACUAAACUUGUCUUCUCUUUAGCGUAAAUGCAAAUGUGACGAGGGUUUUCGUUAAGCCAUUAGCAUGUCAGUGCACUAUUCUUCCUCAAGUUUUAUGAGACAGCUGGGGACAAAAGAACAAAGCUGUCUGGUCGAAAAAACAUAAUUUCCCCAACAGGAAUCCUGAAAGACUGUUAGACCUCAUGACCUCGUCACUACACAUGCAGAUAGAUGAAACUCUUCACCCACCUCUCAUUAGACAAGUUAACAUCACACCACUUCUCACAGAUGCUCUACGCUACGCUGGUAUUAUGUAACUUGGAUAAAUCAAAAUACUGGUUGCUGUAUACAGCUGCAAAGACUGUUUACUUGUUUGUCUGCUUUGAGAGAAAAUGCUAAUGAGCCAAAGAGGCCCACCACUAAUAUUAACGUUAAGAUUAAUGGUGUGAUGCCUUAAUGAAGAUGUCUUUUCAUAAAUAUUUCAACUAAAAGGAAUAAAUCUCAAACGCCUGAUUUGCUUUUGCCACUUUUCCCAUCAUACCACAGCUCAUCUCCCAACAUAGCAGCGCAGUAGAUAGUUUACUCACACCUGCAGGAAAUGUCUUCCAUCUCUCUAGACGCCUUUAUAAUAACUCUAAUCCUCAUAGUAAUGAUGAAAACAAAUGUCAACAGCUUCUUGUCCAGGUGUUAAAGUCAAAUCAGUUUUGUUUUGCAUUAUAAAGACACACGUCAGUGGACAUAGUCUGACGCAUCUUGUUUGACAUGUGAUGUGGUCCCCAGCAAUAACGCGGUGUGGUUCCCCACACAGGGAUGCUGUUGACUGAUUACCGCAUAUACUGUGUUAGCUUUCUUUGGUGAUCUCCUGUACACAUAAUUGAAAUAAAAUAUAGGAUUGUCUA